ACAUCUGGUCAAAAAGGAGACACGAGACUGCAUGUGUCCCCUCUAAAUCAGCCUGCCUUCAUCCCACCAGCUGAAGCUCAGAGCCUGCAGCUCUGAACACAGAUAAUGAAAUGUCAACAAUAACAUUCUCUCCUCAAGGUCCAAUCUUUUAGGACUCUUCAUGCCUCCAUAUAAGGAACACUCGCAGCCCGGAUUUCCUAAAUCAGAUAUGAACUUCUACAACUUAUAAGCUAGAUAAUCAUUAAAUAAAUGUUUGUUUAUUGCUACUUGUAAUAAUUAUAAUAUAAUGAAAUGUUUCAUUAAUCUGUGCUCAAUGAUUGAAGUUUGAAAUGAAAGUUAUGUUACUAUUACAGUGAUUGAAAUACGUUUCAGCAUGUUUACAUGACACGUCAUAACCAUUUGCACUCCAACAAGGACAAAGUAAGGUUAAGUUAAACCAUGACACAUAAAUAGUCCUUUACCCCAGUCAGAGCCUCUGGUAUCAAAGAAGGCGUGUUUCUGAGAUUCUUGGUAAUAUUCCUCGAACUUGUCAACCUCUGGUUGGCUACACAAAUCAUAACAUGAGAGCAUUAAAACCAGAUUACUCUGGUGAUUCCUCAGUUCUAGAGAACGUUUCACACCGGCCAUCUGAAGCAACACCUCUUUUAACCCAUCAAAGCUUUUGACACGUUGUCAAAACCUUUUUGCACCUGCGAAGCUGAUGAAGCAAACAGUUCCUACAGAACAAGCUGAGAUUGUUUAGACUCCUUCAGAGUCCCAGACGCGCGGUUCCAUCCAUCUGUUGUGACCCGAGACAUCUCUGGACUGGAGAAGUCAGUGCUGCGGUCAGUCUGCUGGACCUUCGGUGCCGGAGGUCAUCCGACCUCUCCGACCUUCGGAUCCACAAAGGGGGUCUCCAGAACGGGUGAAGUAGACACACAGAUAGCGUCUGAUGUGUUUUGAUAACAACCUACUUCAUAGCUUAACGCAAACCAAAUUCUUUUACAUCCAGAACUCAGCUCUCCUAGAUAAAGAAGUUCUGACUAACAUCGCAUUCACACAUAGGUUCAUCCAUCAUCUUUAGUUCCAUCCGUCACAGUAAAAUGUCAGUUAACUUGUCAUGUUUUAAUUGUCGGUAAAAUAAAUUCUUACUUUUAUAAACCUGACUCUUUUCUGAAUCAAAACGAAGUGUGUACAAUCCCCUGAUAAAUAAAGGAUCCUAGAAUCUUCUGAUUAAACACACAAAGACCAAGCAGGAUGAUAUUCUAUAUUUAGAUAGAGUAUCACAUCUUAUUGGUCAUAAGUAGAGGUAAUAUAUAUAUUGAGCUCUUAAAGCACUCAGUUUACCACACACUUCACACACUUCACUUCAGAGUUGACUACUGUCACAUGACCAAAACAAUUACCACAUGACCACCCCCUCUCUUUCCAAACAGACACAGAAACAGCAACCAGAUGGAAAAAACUAUUAGUUGUUAGUAUCAGCCCAGUUUUACUUAUCGUAUCAAUACCGAUAUGUUAGACGAUAACUAUCAUCGGCCGAUACCAGUGUGAUGCUGAUUUAUCCUGCAUCCCUAGUUUUUAUAGGAUUUUACCCACUUGAAACAAUUUCAUUUACUGGAUCUGCGGGGAGCCGCAUCAUCUGAUAUUAUGUAAUGUGCUUUGUUGAACGACAAACUUUGUUUAUACCUUCCGUUACAAACUUGAACCUUUAGUGCUGUUUGUGUGAGUCCUUUCGUGCCGUUCCAUUAUCAGCAGUAUUGUCUAUGUUGUUACUCGGCUGGCGUUUGUCUUCCCAGGGGUUCGUCAUGGCCUUGAAAAGGAGACGGGCGACGUCCCCCUCUAGCAGUGUGAGUGGAGGAGAUUUUGACGAUAGCCAGACUUCGUUUAUGUCUUCAAUUGGGAGAAAGAGGAGAAGGACCUCAAACAUUCCAACUGUGGAUCCUAUUGCUGUGUGUCAUGAGCUGUACAACACAAUCAGAGACUACAAGGAUGACCAUGGCAGGAUGCUGUGUGAGCUGUUUAUCAGAGCCCCCAAACGAAGGAAUCAACCAGACUACUACCAUGUGGUGUCUCAGCCCAUCGACAUGAUGAAGAUCCAGCAGAAAUUAAAGAUGGAGGAGUACGACGACGUGGAGCAGCUAACCAGCGACUUUCAGCUUCUGUUCAACAAUGCAAAAAUGUACUAUAAGCCAGACAGUCCUGAACACAGGGCAGCCUGUAAGCUGUGGGAAAUCUACCUGCGGACUAAGAACGAGUUCAUCCAGCGAGGGGAGUACGAGGAUGAUGACGACGAUGGAUACGAUGCUCAAGACAAUCCUGGAGGCUCCACUGAAGAUGAGAGUGUGUCUGCCUGUUUGAAAGAGGUCCUGGAGCAGCUCCUCGAUGCUGUCGUGUCUUACACGGAGCCUAGCGGUCGCCUGGUCAGCGAGCUGUUCCAGAAGCUUCCCUCCAAAGUGCAAUAUCCAGAUUAUUACGCCAUCAUCAAGGAGCCGAUUGAUCUGAAGGUCAUCGCUCAGAAAAUCCAGUUGGGACACUACAGGAGUGUCGGUGCCAUGGCUAAAGACAUCGACUUGCUGGUAAAGAAUGCCAAAACGUACAACGAGCCUGGGUCGCAGGUUUUUAAGGAUGCUAACACCAUUAAAAAGACGUUUGCACAAAAGAAGUCUGAGAUGGAGCACGGAGAGCCCAUUAAGUCCAGCAUUCGCAUCAGGAAUAAAAGGACGGCUCAAGGAGACCGCCUCUCCGCAAUCACUAUGGCUCUGCAGUAUGAGAGCGAUGAGGAGGGUAUACUCUCUGGGUCCGUCCACUACGAUGAGGGGGAGUCCGAGGCAGAGAGUAUGAUGUCCAACAUCGACAUGACGAAUCCCAUCUUCCAACUGUACGAGGCCGUGAGAGGAGCCAGGAACAGUCAGGGCCAGCUGAUUUCUGAACCCUUCCUGCAGCUGCCCUCCAGGAAGGACUACCCCGACUAUUAUCACCAGACCAGUCAGCCCAUCUGUCUGCUGCAGAUCAAGAACAAGAUGAAGAACAACGAGUAUGAGAGUGUCGAGCACAUCGACUCUGAUCUGACGCUGAUGUUGGAGAACGCUAAACGCUACAACGUCCCUCACUCGUCCAUCUAUAAGCGUGCUCUCAAACUUCAACACAUUCAGCAGAUGAAGAGAAAGGAGCUCCUCCAGAGAGCUGAGGAUGAUGGCGACAGCAUGCUCUCCUCUGCUACGUCGGACACCAGCAGCACUAAAAGAAAAAGCUACAAGAAGAAUACAAGAAAAAAUCGCAUGAAGGCCCUGCUGAUGGCUGUGACUGAAGCUCGAGAAGCCGGCACCGGGCGCAGGCUGUGCGACCUUUUCAUGGUGAAGCCGUCAAAGAAGGACUACCCUGAUUACUACAAAAUUAUCCUGGAACCAAUGGACCUCAGGACCAUUGAACACAACAUCCGCUCAGACAAGUACAUGACCGAGGAUUCGAUGGUGGGAGACAUGAAGCUGAUGUUCCGUAAUGCACGACACUACAACGAGGAAGGCUCUCAGGUCUAUAAUGACUCAGACAUCCUUGAGAAGAUCAUGGAAGACAAACGCAGAGAUCUUGGGCCAGCCACCGAUGACGAUGACAUGACUUCUCCAAAGUUAAAAAUACGGAAGAACAGCAUGUCUCUGAAGAAAUCCAAGUAUCUAACACCCCUACAGCAGAAACUGAAUGAGCUCUAUGAAGCCGUGAAGAACUACACGGAUAAGCGAGGUCGUCGCCUCAGCACCAUCUUCCUGCGGCUUCCAUCACGCGCCGAGCUUCCUGAUUACUACAUCGCCAUCAAGAAACCUGUAGACAUGGAGAAGAUCAAGAGUCACAUGCUGGCUAACAAGUACCAGGAUGUGGACGCGCUGGUGGAGGACUUCGUGUUGAUGUUCAACAACGCCUGCACCUACAACGAGCCCAAGUCUCUGAUUUACCGCGACGCUUUGCUGCUACACAGGGUGCUGCUGGAGACGAGGCGCGACCUGGAGGGAGGAGAGGACGCCCAUCUGCCCGACGUGCCACGCCUCAUCCAGGAACUCCUCCGCAGUCUCUUCGUUUCUGUGCUCGGCCACCAAGAUGACGAGGGACGUUGCUACAGCGAUUCGCUCGCUGAGAUCCCUGCUGCAGAUCCCGUGAACCCAGAGAAGCCGCCACUCAACUUCGAGAUCAUCAGGAAGAACGUGGAUCGAGGACGUUACAAGAGGCUGGAUGUGUUUCAGGACCACAUGUUUGAAGUUCUGGAAAAAGCCAGAAGGUUGAAUAGGACUGACUCUGAGAUAUUUGAAGAUGCAGUGGAGCUGCAGCAGUUCUUCAUCCGCAUCAGAGACGAGCUGUGUAAGAACGGAGAAAUCCUGAUGUCCCCUGCCCUCAGCUACACCUCCAAACAUCUGCAUAGUGAUGUGGAAAAGGAGAAGAAAGGAAAACUUCCUAAAGAGUUUGAGGAGGACAAAAUCAAGAGAGAAGAAGAGAAAAGGGAGGCUGAGAAGAGGGAGGACUCUGCUGGAAGUUCAUGGCAGGUUCAGCGUACAUAUAGCCAGGACUGCAGCUUCAAGGACAGCAUGUACCAUGUGGGAGAUUAUGUCUACGUGGAGCCUGCAGAGCCCAACCUCCAGCCACAUAUUAUUUACAUUGAACGACUUUGGCAAGAUGACACCGGAGAGAAGUGGUUGUACGGCUGCUGGUUCUACAGACCCAAUGAAACGUUUCAUCUGGCCACAAGAAAAUUCUUGGAGAAAGAGGUUUUUAAGAGUGACUAUUACAACAAAGCUUCAAUCAGCAAGAUUCUGGGGAAGUGUGUGGUUAUGUUUGUGAAGGAAUACUUCAAGCUUUACCCUGAAGGAUUCAGAUCGGAGGAUGUCUAUGUCUGCGAGUCUCGCUACUCCGCUAAGUCCAAGUCCUUCAAGAAGAUCAAGCUGUGGGCCAUGCCCCUGAGCUCUGUUCGGUUUGCUACCAGAGACGUGCCCCUUCCCGUAGUCCGGGUGGCUUCCAUGUUUGCCAUCAAACAAGAGGAGAAGCCACCAGAGGUUUUAGAUGAAAGCAAAAUGGCAGAUGCCAUGACAGACAAGGACAGGGAAGACGUUCCCCUGGAUGUGAGCAACGGGGAGCCGGGUUGUCAGUACCACGAGCAGCUUUGUUACAACAACCUUUGGCUGAAAGUGGGAGACUGUGUUUACAUCGGUUCUCACGGACUUGUGCGCCCCAGAGUGGGCAGAAUCGAGAAAAUGUGGAUGCGAGACGGCGCGGGCUACUUCUUCGGCCCCAUUUUCAUCCACCCUGAAGAGACGGAGCACGAGCCCACUAAGAUGUUCUACAAGAAGGAGGUGUUCCUCAGCAACCUGGAGGAGACUUGUCCCAUGACCUGCAUCAUAGGAAAGUGUGUCGUAGCCUCUUUUAAAGAAUAUUUAUCGUGCCGACCCACCGAAGUGCCCGAGGAGAACGUUCUCCUCUGUGAGAGUCGCUACAUUGAGAGUGAAAAGCUGAUGAAGAAGUUUAAGGGUCUAAAGCGAUUUUCACUCUCAGGGAAGGUGGUGGAGGAUGAGAUCUACUAUUUCAGGAAGCUCAUAGUUCCCCAGAAAGAGCCAUCGCCUCUCCUUGACAAGAAAAUAGUGGAGCUCGAGGCCAAGUUUGCUGACAUGACAGAUGAGGAGCUGGAGGAUCUUGGGGAUGAUGAUGGUGACCUGGGCGAUCAUUCUCUUCCUCAGAUGCAGUCUUCCAUGUCGAGUGACAUGGACAUCAUGCCUUACACCCCUCCACAGUCGACUCCUAAAUCGUUAAAGGGACUGUCAAAGAAGGAAAGGGCAACAAGGAAGAUCAACAUGAGUGGCUACAUCCUGUUCAGCAGCGAGAUGCGAGCGGUCAUCAAAGCCCAGCAUCCAGACUUCUCCUUUGGAGACUUGAGCCGGCUCGUUGGCACAGAGUGGAGGAACCUGGACAGCUCCAGGAAGGCGGAGUACGAAGAGCGAGCAGCCAAAGUGGCCGAGCAGCAGGAGCGUGACAGGGCCCACCAUCACUCAUCCCCUAGAGCAGGUACCCCAAUAGGGGCGCUGAUGGGGGUGGUGCCUCCCCCAGCCCCCAUGGGGAUGCUAAAUCCCAGCAUGACGCCUGUGUCAGAAUGUGUGAUGGGUGCAUAUAGGACCGCUAUGAUGCGCUCACAUGUUGAAGGCAUGGUUAGUUUGGCUGGUAUGCCACCACAUCACACGGGGGUGCCUGCCUUCCCCCAACAUCUCCUGCCCGUUAUGACUGGGUUUCCUGGAACGCCGUCCUUUGGUGUUAACGGGAUGGGAAGCGGCGCUGCAGCAGGAAGCAUUCUUGGAUCCCAGCUUGGUUUAACAGGCUCAGGGCAGCAGGCUCCACCUCCAUACCCAGGACAAGGUCACCUGGGACAACCUUCUCUCCAGCAACCCUCCACACCGCUGUUUGUCUCUCCUCCAGUCAGAUCUCAGCGGCUGCUCCACUCCGAGGCCUACCUCAAAUACAUCGAGGGCCUAACUGCAGAGUCCUCCACAGUCAGCAAAUGGGAUCAAGCUCUCACCGUUCAAAAACAAGAUGUGCGCCUAACAAAGGAGCAAGAAAGCAGACUACCAUCCCAUUGGCUGAAGAGCAAGGGGGCCCAUAAGACUAUGGCGGAUGCUCUUUGGCGCCUCCGUGACCUGAUGCUGCGAGACACCCUAAACAUCCGCCAGACGCACAACCUGUAGCAUGUUGAUGUUACGAGCCUCUGUUCUCAAACCUGUUCAACAGGAAGAGGUUAAAGCUCACUAAAAGUCUUUAUUUUAUGUUGUCAUUAAAAUAAUGAAAUAUCUGUGUUCAUAUAAGGUGCUUUCUGUGCUGGAUCAGAUUUUUUUUUACAUUUCUUAUCUACAGAUCUAAGUGCAUUAUUGUUUGACUGCUCAUUUGUGAUGAAGGCUCUCAUGUUCUCACAAUAAACUGAAGAAUUGAA